AUGAGCUUAACUCUUUCAACAAAUUCUUCAUCUUCCGAUUCUUCUUCCUCAUCAUCAUCAUCUUCAAAUAUUCAAUUAACAACUUCCUCUUCAACUUCAAUAACAACAAAUUCAUUCCAAUCAUCUCCAUUAUUUUCUGAUCCAGAUUCUACAACAACACCGACAACAACGAAUAAUUAUAAUAGUGCCUUUACUGCAACAAAUGAAUGUAAAAUUGAAUUGGCAAAUUCGCAAUUAUGGGAAAAAUUUGCAAAAGUUCAAAAUGAAAUGGUUGUGACAAGGCCGGGAAGAAAAAUGUUUCCCAAAUUGGAAUUGCAUCUUCACAAUUUAGACCCAGAUUCACAGUAUGCUCUCUACCUAUAUAUGCAAAAAGUUGACAAUAUGCGAUACAAAUAUCAAGCCGGAGGUUGGUCCGCUGCAGGGCACGACGGGGAAAAUGGGAUUCAACAAUCUAAUUUGGUUCAGCACCACGAAGGAUUGUGUAAAGGCAAAUUUUGGACCAGUCAAGGACGUAUUAGUUUUGAAAGAGCUAAAUUAACAAACAAAGAAAGUCUUCAAGGAGGGAAUUCUAUGAUUUCUUUGUCGUCAAUGUCCAAAUAUCAACCGGUUAUUUGGCUUGUUAAAGGUACUCCAGUAGGUAAUGUUUUGGUUGCUGAGUACCGUCCGCCACAAUGUCAAUUUAUUGCUGUUACUGCUUAUCAAAGUGAAGCUGUUACAAAACUUAAAGUUGAACAUAACCCUUUUGCUAAAGGAUUCCGUGAGGGCUCUUCUCGUAAACGAACCUUUUCACCUUCUUUGCCGCCAACUGGAAAUACUUAUUUUCCCUCCUUCAUUAAUUCCCCACUUUUAAUGCCUUAUCAAUUUCCUCCAAUAAAUCCUCUUCCGCAACAACAACAGCAACAAAAUUCUGUUACUGCCUAUAUGAAUUUUAUGAAUGCUUUUCAACAAUAUCAAUCAUCACAACAAAAUAAGCAACAGCUGCAACAGAUUCCUCCAAUCUCUCCACAAUUGUCUUCAUUUUCGCCUUUUAAUAUUUUUGGACAAACAUACUUCCAACAACAACAACAACAACCUCAAAUGAAUCCUCAACAGGUUCGAGCAAUGGCAAAUCAAAUGCUUGGACUUAUGGGAAUAUCUGGUGCUGGUGUUGGUGGUGGAAUUCCUCUUCCUUCUCAAUUUUCUCCAAUUUCUUUUCCUUUGCCUACCUCGACAUCAAAAUCUUGGACAUCGCCACAAAUUAAUAAUAAAAGAAAUAUCCAAGACGAUGAUGAAAAUGCACCAGCUAAAAAGGCAAAAAUAUCAACAACCUCAACACCAACUUCUCAGCAACAAUUAUUGCCAUUAAAUGCUUUACAAUCGCCAAUACUUGGAGGGAAUCCUGGUCAAAUUACUAAUGUUAAUAAGAUGUCAACCAUUCCAGGAUGA